GGAGUAAUAACGAAAAAGUACUGUAUAAUUUUUUAAACUAAAAACUUGUCUUUAAAAACGCAAAGCAGCGCCAGCGUUACAAUCCACUCUUUAAUUACUCUUCUCAAAUUGUUCUUCAGAGGGGCCGGCCGGGAUGGAGACGGUGCUCCGGCUGUGGUUUUGCCACAUCAUGUCCUUCUACUUCUCCGUCACCGCCGCCGUCAUCGGCCGCGUUCUGCCCAAAACCCACCGCUUCCCCAUCCUCAUCCCCAUCUUCGACUCGAUCCUGUCCCUCUAUUUCCGGUUCUGCAAUCUCUGCCCCUGCACCGUCGAUUUGGACGACCAGACCACCGUCCACUUCUGGGCCCCCACCCACCGCCGCUUCAGCAAGCCCAACCUCGUCAUCAUCCACGGCUACGGCGGCAAUGCCAAGUGGCAAUUCGCGCUCCAGGUCCGGCAGCUGGCGGAAUCCUUCAACCUGUACGUCCCGGACCUCCUCUUCUUCGGCGAGUCCCACUCCCGGCGCCCGGACCGCACGGUCGCGUUCCAGGCGGAAUGCGUGGCGGAGGGGUUGAAGGGGCUGGGGGUGCGGCGGAGCUCCGUGUACGGGAUCAGUUACGGCGGGUUCGUGGCGUAUCGGAUGGCGGAGAUGUACCCGGAUGCGGUGGAGAGGGUGGUGAUCGUGAAUAGCGGGAUCGCGUCGACGGCGGAUCAGAGGGCGGAGCAGAUGGUGCGGCUGAAGAAGAUGGGGCGGGAAAACGCGGUGGACGUGUUCUUGCCGGCAAAGCCGGACGAUCUCCGGCUGUUGGUGAAUCAGUCAUUCAGCAAGUGUGACCCGCUCAAGUGGGUCCCGGAUUUCAUCCUACGGGAGGUCAUCACUGUGAGUGAUGUACACUCCUAACAGGAAAGAGAGGGAAGAGCUACUGGAUUACUUGUUGACCAAUAAAGAUCACGGCACUCAUCGUCCCCGUCGUAUUUCUCAGGAAGUGCUGCUUGUUUGGGGUGAGUCGGACAAAAUUUUCCCACUGGAAUUUGGUCAGCUGUUGCAACGAUACUUGGGUGCCAAUAAAGCAAGAUUGGAAGUGAUAGAGGGAGCUGGACAUGCUGUUAACUUGGAGUCUGCUUCAUCUCUCAACUCUUUCAUAAAGACUUUUCUUUUGCACAGUGAUUCCCCUUGUCGGGAAGCUAACUACAUCAACUUGGCUUAAUUAAAAACACAAUACAUUGGUGAAAACGGGACAUACAAUUUUAAAACAUUAGUCCUUGCCAUUCUUAAUGUAAUUCUUUGGAUGAUCAUACCAUAGAUAAUAGGUUUGGGAAUAGUUGAAGUAAUCAAUUAAUGGUGAUAAAUUAUCUAAAAAGUAAUGGUGAUAUACUGAUAUUUAUCUCAAACACUACCCAAAGUUCUACUUGCAGCGGGGUGGUCAUUGAGCUUCAUUCAUCGCCGUUGUUUGUCUCUUGGUCGCCGCUACUUGUGCUUUGUUGUACAUUUGUCCCAGUGCAAAGCGAUCUACUAAGGUGCAUGACAAAAAUAUUACUAUGAAACAUAGAGUCGCUAUUUCGUACAAAAGCGUCGGACAGUGUACUCUUUUAUAAUAAUAAAUUUAGAGUAUUGUUACUCCAAAUUCUCCGCACAGAGACUUUUUUUAAUUAAAAUGAAUUUGGG